AUGGCUUAGAAUGUAAAUGGAACAUAAAAAUAGGAUACCCAAGGAGGGCAUAAGCUCAAUAGAAAAACAACUAAAAUAGAAUUUUUAUCUUAAGAAAAUUAGCAAUUAAAGGAGUAGGUGCAAGAAUUAUAAAAUAUUAUCAAACUAAAUAAAGAAGCAUUGAAAAUUGCAAUGUAACCUAACAUAGACAAUACUUAGAAUUCUAACUUCAAUAAUGAAAAUUCUUUUUAGAAAUCAAAUAAUAUAUCUACAAAUGACAAUUCUAAAGCUCUUACUCACAUACUGAAUGCAAUGUAUUAAGAAAAUGAAGCAUUAAUCAAAAUAAAUGAGAAGCUGGCUGAGGAAAGAAAUAUAGCUCAAAGCAAAGCUCUCAUUAAUGAAUAAAUAUCAGAAGCAUCUUAAAAACACGAAAAAGAGCUGAUUUAGGAUUUAGAAGAGAAAGUAAUGAAUUUAUCAAAGAAAGUGAAAGAAUAGGAAUAACAAAUAUAUUCUUAUGAAAAAAUACGUCCUGACUAUGAUGAAAUCAGUGGUAUUGUGAUCAAAUAUAGAGAUGUUAUUAACAUUAAUGACUAAACUAUAAGACUGCAUGAUGAAAAUGAGAAGCUGAAUAUCAUUAUUUAAAAAUUAACAAGAGAAAAUAAUAGUCUUAAAGCGGAUAAGUAGGACUUAGUAAAAAUUAAUAUGUAAAUGAGUAAUGAAAUUCUCAGAUUAAAAGCAGCUCUAGCAGCACCUCAUGGUAGAUCUGCUUACACAGCAAACACAAAUACAAAUGUGGCUUUAAUUGAUGAAGUUGCAAAAGGAAAAUAACUUAUUAAAAUACAUAAGAAGUUGAUGAAAAAUGAUAAUAGUGAUGAAGAAGAUUAAGAUGAUGAAGAAGAUAUGGAAUCUGAAAUUGAUAUACUGCCUGAAAAAGCCACUCUUUACACGGAGAUUGGUACUACAAGCACUAACCCAAAACCUGGUUUGGUUAUUCCAAAACUUGAUUUAGCUAAAGCUUUAAAAAUUUAAGAAAUAAAUGCUAAAAAAUCUACUAUGCAAUAGCUUUAGAAGCAAUAAGGUUCAGAUAUCGGAGCAGUUUGUUAAUAACUUAAAAAGGUUGAGGCAGACUUAACUAUAGCUAAGAAGAACUUGCAGAGAGAAAUGCUUUUAAAUAAAACUUUAUAGAUAGAAAAUGAGAAUUUAAAAAGAUUUAAUGUAGAAUUGGAAUCAAGAAACGAAACUUUAGUUGCUUCAAGUUUAAUGUAUGAGGAAAAGUGGCAAAAAGUGUUUUAAGCAUUUUAAUUUUACAGGGAUUACUAUAAAAAAACUAUUUAAUAGAAUUAAUAGAAUGCAUAAAAUUAAUAAAUAUAAAGAAGUAACAGGUCUUAAAAUAAAGGAGACAAAAGCAUGAUAGGCAUAGAUAUAUUGAAUUCUUCUUCCUAUACAACUACUCAUAAUAGAUAUUUAUCAUAUAAUGGUAACACAUUACCUUAAAAUAUUAAUAUUAAUGACUCAUAGUUAAACAUGGAUCCUGAUAAGCUACUUACCUCCAAAAUGAUAUCUCGUAAAGAACUAGCAAAUCAAAAAAAUAUAGAUUAAAAGAGCAUCUUAGACUUAAACAAUAAUGAAAUAAAUUUAGAUGAGGAGAUAUACAAAAUAGAUCCUCAAUCUCAAAAAGAAUAUGCAAAAAAUUACUUACUUAAUAUAGCAAAAGAAGUCUAUGGCAUAUUCAAUAAACAACAAAAUAAUUUAUCUCCCAAGAAGUCAAAGGUAAAAAAUACCCUACAAAACGAGUACAAAUUAAAGCGCUCUUUAAGUAAUCCUCUUGACUAUAUGAAUGACUAAGGUAAAGAGAUGAUUAUUUAAAGCAAUUAUCAAAACCUUGACAGAAGUGAUAUAGGUGCAGGCUUGAGAAACUUUACUACAUAAGUUGGUUAAGAUUAAAUAGAGUCUCACUCAUAGCAAAAAUAUAAAGAAUUAAAUGAUGUUAUAAACAAUUAAGAAAUAUUAAUAUAAUUUACUGAAUAAACAGAUGAGAAGUAUUCAAACAAUUUAACAGGUCACACUCCUAUCAAGCCAAAAUAAUUAAAUGAUUGA